AUGGAGAAGCAAGCUGUGAGAGAGGAAACAAAGGCAACUAAUGAUUCAGCUAAGGGAAACAUUGAGGGGCUUGUAAUUGAGCAUAGUCCUUACUUGAAUUACAAGGAUUUGGAAGAUUAUAAGAAUCAAGGUUAUGGUACUCAUGGUCAUCAACAACCAAAGGAAGGUCGUGGACCUGGUGCAACUGAGGCACCUACUCUUUCUGGUGCUGAUGUGUCUUCUCAGGGAGAAGUUAAUGCUGCUGAUGGUGGUCAUAGGAAAUCAGUCCCUUGA